AUGCCCCCUACGAGCAACCGCUACGAGCGCCUCUUUUCUCAAGCCAAGUUGGUGAUCACGCCACAGCGGGCGUCGUUGUUGCCUGAGAACUUUGAAAUGCUGAUGUUUUUACGUACGAACAGGCGCUACUGGGAUGUCAACACGGUCAACGAUGCCUAUCGCCAACUGCGGGGCUCCUCGUAA